AUGGAAUUUUUACUGUGGAACACACAGAUUCUGGUUUUGCAUUCAUCAAGCAUGACUAAUGCCACCCAGGACCUCUUCUACUUUAUCCUCACGGGCAUCCCGGGAUUUGAGGACUCCCACAUCUGGAUCUCCAUCCCCUUCUGCUGUCUCUACACCAUCUCCAUCACGGGAAACACCACCAUUCUCACUGUCAUCCGCAAACAGCCAUCCCUCCACCAGCCCGUGUACCUGUUCCUCUCCAUGCUGGCCCUGACUGACCUGGGUCUCACCCUCAGCACCCUGCCCACAGUCAUGCAGCUCCUCUGGUUCAACAUUCAUAAGAUCAGUUUUGAGGACUGUUUUGCCCAGUGCUUCUUCCUCCAUGCAUUCUCUUUUAUGGAAUCUUCAGUCCUGCUGGCCAUGUCCUUUGACCGCUACGUGGCCAUCUGCCACCCCCUCCAUUAUAACACCAUCCUCACCAACAAAGUCAUUGGCAGGAUUGGGUUAGCCAUCCUUGGCCGCUCUGUUCUGGCUGUUCUUCCCUCCCUUUUCCUACUCAAGCGCCUGCGCUUCUGCCGCUCCCACCUUCUCUCUCACUCCUACUGCCUCCACCAGGAUAUGAUUCGCCUGGUCUGUGCUGACAUCCGAGUCAACAGCUGGUGUGCUAUUGCUGUGGUUUUACUCACUGUUGUGAUGGACCCUGUGCUCAUUGCGCUCUCCUACAUCGUCAUCCUGAAAAGCAUCGUGGGCACAGCCUCCUGGCCUGAGUGGCUCCGGGCCCUCAAUAACUGUCUGUCCCACAUGCUGGCUGUUCUGGUCCUCUAUGUUCCCAUGGUUGGGGUAUCUAUGACUCAUCGAUUUGCCAAGCAUGCCUCUCCUCUGGUCCAUGUUAUCAUGGCCAAUAUUUACCUGCUGGCGCCUCCUGUGAUGAACCCCAUCAUUUACAGUGUAAAGACUAAGCAGAUCCGCCAGGGAAUCUUCCAUCUACUCCUGCAGAGGAAAGUGCACUAA